GCAAUUGGUGGGAAUCCAGGUCUUCAAGAAAGUUUUUCUAGCGAGGUUGCGUACAGUACAAACUGGGCUUUUGGGUGCGAGGCUGCUAAUCGAGAUUUCGCUCAGAGGCAUCCAGCCAUGUGGGCUGGGCUGGGACUGGUCCUGAUCCUCUGUCUCCUCCCAGGGGGAGGAACAGAGCAUUGGGGCCACUGUAAAGGACCUCCAGAAUGGAGUAUCGGGGAGGAAAACCCCAUGCUGAACUCAGUGGGAUCAGUGACGGUGGUUGCUCUACUCCAAGCUAGCUGAUACACCUGUCUUUUGCAGGCUUCUAGACUUGAAGACCUGCAACUGAAGCUGGCAAGUGAUGGAUUGGUCAAUGUCUCCUUCAUGGUGGUCAAUCACCAAGGGUACCAUUCUCAGCUGAAGUAUCCAUAUCUAAGAGAAAAGGUUUCAGAAGACAUUCCUGUAUACCAGCAGGAUCUAAUGCAACCUGAUGUCUGGAUGACUUUAAAAGGCAAAAAAGAUGACUUCCUGAUUUAUGACAGGUGUGGUCGUCUUGUUUAUCACCUUGGCUUACCUUAUACUUUUCUGAGUUUUCCAUAUGUGGAGAAAGCCAUUCAAGUCACCUAUUGUGAAGCCACCUGUGGAAACUGCUCAUACACGACACCUGAAAUUGAAGAAAUAUGUCAAGGAAUCUCAGGGAAUCCAGAAGAAAAGCAAACGGAGGCAGCUUCUCCUGCCUCACAGUUGUCUCCCGGUGACCAUCAUCAUCAUCAGAGACAUCGUCACAAAAAAGGGGGUCAUCGACAUCAGUCAGCACAGCACCGUGAGCAUGAGAGCAGAGUCUCGGAGAGGGUCCGGGUGGAUAGCCAGGGUCCUGCAGAAACUGCCCCUCUGCCAGCAGCUAUAGAGGCUCCUUUGCCAGGGGACAGGCUCUGACGAAAAAGGAUUGGCAACUGCAAGCGACAGUUGAGCUGAAACUGGCAGCACUUGGCAGGGCCUGUCUCCAGUAGCUGAUGCUGACACUGCCGACACUUGCUGU